AUGGGCCAUGCUACGGGCCUAUAUGGGCCGGGGAAGAAGAAGGGAAAUUUGCUACGGGGCCCCGGGAGAGGUACACGACAGCUAAAGCGGAGCGGAGCCGUCAGUGUCUGCCUCCUCCUGCUUUUCUUCUUCUUCCCCCACCACCACCCGACUCGGCGGCUCCGCUCCUCCGCUCGUUCCUCUCCCGACGGUGGGGGGCCGGGGCAGGCUCCGGAGUCCAGGGAGAGCUGCUCCGCCGGCCGCAGCCUUAUGACAGACAGGAACGGACCAAUUUGUAGGCUCCCUGAACAUCUCCUUGUAGAAAUAUUUAUCCGGCUACCAAUAUGCGAGUGGGUUCAAAUAUCAUGUGUCAGCAAGCAGUGGGCAAGCAUGUUUCAAGGAGAAUGCGUGUGGCAAACUGCUAUUGCAAGGAACUGGCCAUCAGCUGGUUUGCGGAAACGCUGGCCUGGGCCAAUUCCCAGAGGUUCUGCUAGGAGGAGAUUCCAAGCAUUAUAUGUCAGCGAGAACCUUGUCUCAUCCAGUGGGGAUAUCGAUGAGCUUGUUGGUCACACUUAUCUCUAUUUGAAAGAACAGCUUGAGCGCCCUGCCAUUCCUCCUUCGAGCAUACUCCAUGGGACCAUCAUUGAUCAGUUCAUUGCUUGUGGUAGGACAGGAGAAAAGGCCCAUGAACUUGCUUCAAAGAUAUGGCUUGCAGUUAUUGACAACUUGGAAGAAAACCAGCAAACCUUCUUGCUGUUAAAACACCUUGCACAAGAAGGAGAAUUUUUCCUUCCAUUUCCAUACUCCAGAUCAUAUAAGGUCCUGUGGAGGGUGUUCGACAAGCUGUUCACCGACUUACGCGAUUGCUUCAGCCGAGUAGACUACCAUGAUGCGCUAGCGGGUGCCAAGUCUAGGUUUCAGCCAGUACCUUCUACAUGGCUUGGCCACUGAGCAAAUGCUGUUCUUGAAAAUGCAACAGCUAUACUUUCUAAAAUGCAAAAGGGGUUCCAAGGGUAGUAUAUCCAAUGGAUGAUUUGUAUACAUUUAGCGUCUCAGACUCCUAGCACCUUCACAAACAUCAAACUGUUCUGAUUGAAAAAGAACGUUUCUCAUGUAAAUUCUCCA